CAAUGGAAGAUAUUUUUUGUGAUCUACUGUGCAUUUGGAAAUGCAUUCUGGCAACAUGACAUGGCAAAGUUGGUCCAACCACUAUUAUUACUGACUCAACUUUAGCGUUUAACGUGCUACAGACACAAAUGAUAUCUUAAAUUAACCACUAAGAAUAGCCUAGAAACCACAACCAGAAAUGUGCCUCAUACUGAAAACACCUUAGCAACUGUGUAGAAAAUGGCCAUGCUACCACCCUAGCAACCAUAUAGCAUCACCCCGGUAACCAACCAGAACAUCCUAUAUUUUAUCUUUAGAACAUCUUUAGAAAAUUUACAAUGUUCUUUUGGUUUCAUGCAAACAUUUAAAUUACAUACUUCACUUUCAGUAGUGAACAACGCUUUGCCCACAUAUAUGAUAUUGCACAGAGAGAGAGAGAGAGAGAGAGAGAGAGAGAGAGAGAGAGAGAGAGAGACUAAGACCAUAAGUUGUCAGACAGUACUGAGAGGAGAGUGGGAGAGACUGAGAGCGAGUAGGAAGAAGAAAAGAUAAGAGUUUGUCUGACUGUCAGCAGCAUCACAACUAGAUGAACUUCAACAGAUGCUACAUAAAGCUCGAAGUGACUAAAGAAAUUUGUGAAGAGCCACCCAACAGGUCCCCAGUCAGCAUGAUGCCAUGACCCUCCUUUGAAUCCUAAACCAGUGUUACCAUCAUAACUUUAUUUAGGAAACCCUAAUGCCCCCAAAGUACAAUGUUUUCUCACAACUUCUUAAAAAAUAUCUUUACACGAAUUUCCACCUAGGUAAUUUCCCUGAAGAUUGUGUAAAAAAGCUUUUUAUAGGGAAAACGUCAACCUGUGUUGUAACCAUGGCGAAUACAAGUUCCUUUUCUGUGCCAAACUGCAAUGAACAGUCAUCAGCACCUGUUUUUAAAACACCUUCUCCUUUUUGGAAUCAGGAUUCUGUGUUUAGGAGACCGAAACAUAUCAGAGAAUCCACAUCUGAUGUGACCGAUGGAUUUCCUCUUUAUCCUUACGGAUGUGAUUUUUCCUCUUUGAGAAACCCGGACAUCUCUUACGCUACAGGACUGAAUCAGAUCUACUCAUCAAUGAAUCCUAGCAGCACAUACAUAACACCAUCAUCAAAACUCCUUGUGAGCGAUCCAAAUGCACUGCAUGGUAUUGGAAGGGGGACUUAUCACUGGAGUUAUUUAGCUUCAGGCGUAGAAGAUGGGUUUCGAAAUCUGCACAAUCCACAAAUCGAUCCGUUUUUAGCUUCGUAUUACUACAGAGGAGCUGUCAGGGAUGUUUUACAAGGAGAUGUUUCAAGUGAGAAAACCGAAUCAGGUAUGAAAAACAAUAAGAGAGCGAGAGGAGAGAAGUACUGGUACCACAGACCACAGAAGCAGGGUAUUUUACACAGCUUCAGAAAAGACAGCGCAAGGCAUUGUGUGAAAAAUAACCCACUUCUAGGUUCUCUACUAUAUACAGAUACAAAUAAAAACAACAAUCACAAUCCCAAUUUGAACCACUUUAGUCCCGCCACACCUGUAUCAAAGAGAAAUGGUGAAAAUCAAACAAGAGAGGAGCUCCCCCUACUGGACUGGAGAGAAGAUGCAGACAAAAACAAUCACCAAACAAACACUAGUACACAAACAUCAUCUUCUGUCCUGUGUGUGCUCCAUCGGUUUGUAGAGGGUUCAUUGGUGGAGCUUGAGAGCGGUCGACUAAAGCGUAUAGAGGAUUUACAGAUGGAGGAUUUGGAGCAGUGUGCUGAACUUCAUCCUGAUCUCAAACUGGAACGACUCACCGUGUUAAAGAUAAUGCCCUCACACAAACCUGCACUGUUAUUACACGUGACGCUUGAACGGGACCAUUCACAGCAGUUGUCUUUGGAGGUGAAUGAGGGGUUGCCCUUUUUUGUAUGCGGGCGUGGCUGGUCGUCUUGCAACCCUCAACUCACAAGUCAAACCUGCAGAUUACAGUGCCACCAGCUGAAAGUGGGAGAUAUUUGCUUGGCGCUGACACGUGACCCCGCCCCUGAGGCACAGCCUGCCAAUCAGAGUCCAGCUGAGAUGAGCAUGGAUCAUACUGUGCCAAAGUGUGACAUCUACAAGACAAGCACACUAUCAAGCAAGGACAAAUCACGAAAGAGACACUUGACAGCUCCUGAGCUCAGAGACAUUUCCAAGAUACACCAAAGCACAGAUUAAGAAGCUGAAGGUUCAUCAUAUAUCAAAUAGUGUAAAAUAAUAACCCAGUCUAAUUAAGUCCAAUUCUAUUUUGUUGUAUUGCAAAUAAAUCUGUUUUUACACAUUACAGCUGCCAUAUAUUGCAUAAUAUCUGUGCGUACGUAGUAACUGCAAUGGUACCAAAUACAUUUUGUGUUACAGAAUACAUAUAACUGUUCACAAUAUACAACUAUUAAAGUACAACAACAACAAAGAAGGGCUUACAAUAGUUACUGUUAUUGUAUUCACUAUAAUAUCCAAGGAAUAGUUUACCCAAAUAUGAAAAUUCAUCACUUUCUCAUCCCUAUGCCAUCUUUAUUCAGUUGAACACAAACUAUUUUAUAUUAAAAUGUCAUUUACAACACAAAACACAAAAAUGGGACACAAAAGAACCAGUCACCUACCGGCAAAAGAACCAACCAGCAAACAAGGUUACC